AUGAAAUCAAGUUCAUUAGAAUUUGAACGAAUUAUCUCCGGUGAAAGUUUUCUAAGUUUAUCACAUUCAAAUACAAUAUUAUUUAAUCUUUCCUCUGCAUCAUCACCAUUAUCAUCAUCAUCAUCAUCAUCAUCCUUAUUUCAAAAAGAUCUUAACAUAUCAACGUCACAAAGUGAUUCGGUAUCAUCCUAUGAUCCAUACCAACAGAUAGCUGAAACUAUCGUUUACAAAUAUAUAUGUUUAACUAUAUUCGUCAUUGGUGUGAUUGGAAAUUCACUCAGUGUUCUUGUUUUUAGUCGACCAUCAUUACGACAUCGUUCAUGUGCUGUUUACUUUCUUGCUCUAGCUAUUACCGACAUAGCAUCGCUGUGUGCUUCUUUUAUUGAUACCGUGCUUCCAUCAUACAAUAAUGUAACGUUAACUACAAAAUCAUUAUAUAUAUGUAAAUUAAAUCCAUUAAUGGUUUAUUUUACAACAGAUCUUUCAAACUUUUUAUUAGCCGUUGCAUCGAUUGAUCGAGCCGUAUCGAUUCAAUGCCCACUUACUUCAACACGGUUUUGUCGCGCACGUAUUGCUAUAUAUAUCAUACUAGCUAUGUCAGUAAUAUUUCUACUUAUAAAUGGUCAUCUGUUUUGGGGUUUUGAAAUCAGUGAAAUAGAUCCAUCAAAUAAAGUUUGUAUGCCGUCAAUACUGAAAAAUGCCUUUAGUAAUGGAAAUAAAUCAAUAACUUAUGAUCGAUUUUAUGCAGUGUUUGAUUCAUUAGAUAUGUUAUUUGCUGUAGUUAUUCCAUUUAUUGUUAUGCUAGUAUGUAAUAUACUAAUAUUAAUACGUGUUAUAACAUCACGACGAUCAAUUAGAGCAAUAAUAACAACAACGAUUCAAUCAAAAAAACAUCGUAAACGACAUGAAAAAGAAAAGCAAUUAACUGUGAUGUUACUUGGUAGCGCGGCGGCUUUUUUAGUAUUUACAUUACCAACGGAAAUUAAUGACACGGUACGUGCAUUCCGUCCAUCAAAUAUAUCACAAACAAAAGGUGCCAUGGCUUUAUUGACAGCUAUAUUUAUUGCUAUGGGACAAUUAAAUCAUGCGAUUCAUUUUUAUAUUUAUACAUUGACAGGUGGAGUUUUUCGAAAUGAAUUAAUGCAAUUAUUGAACUUGUCGAGAGCUCAAUCUCGAAAAAGUAGACGAAACACUACUGAGCAAGCCCUUCUUCAAUCAAAAGCACCACAAAAUAAUAUAACUACGAAUAACCAUGGAUUUUAA